AUGGCAUCAGGAGGAACCAUUCGGGAUCUUCCUCCGGAAGUUCUGGAACAGCUUCAUAGCCUCGACUUGGAACUUGAGGAGGGCGACAUUACAAAGAAAGGCUAUGAGAAAAAACGAGCUCAAUUGCUGCAACCCUUCACUGUUGAUGAUGCUGUCGACGAUAACACACCAGACACAAGCAAUGCAACCUCAGCUAUCAAUGACGACAACAACGAUGAGUCGAGAGCCGAGGACACGCAACAAGCCGAGACGAUGCCUUUUGAUCCCCUCGAUGGUGAGCCUUCUGCAGCUGAUGUCACCGACUUUCUCGACUACUUGCCAUCACCAACGCAUUCACCCACUCGACCCGAAGUGGGCGCAGCAUUCAUGGAAGAGAAUCACCAGCAACUUGCUCAGCAACAACAGCAACAGCAGCAGGCGACAGGCAUGGAAGGUGGUGCAAACAUGAUGAAUACACAAAGCCCGUCAAGUCAUAGUCCACCUCCUCCUGCUAUGGCUCGUCCUACAGGUUAUCCUCCUUGGCAACAGCAACAACAGCAACAAUAUGGAUAUGGACAAUAUUAUGCACCUGCAUCACCUCGACCUGGUUAUCAAUAUGAUCCUCGCAUGAUGUCGCGUCCUCCUUAUCAACAACCACCACCACCACCACAGCAGCAACCACGACCAAUGUAUGGUCAUUAUCCAGGUCAACAAAGACCUCCUCCAUUUGCAAGACCUGCUCCUCCUCCUCCUCCUCCAUCCAAUUCUCCUUAUACACCAAGGCCAAUGUAUAAUCCAGCACAGCCACGUCCUAUGGCACCACCACAACAACAACCUAUUAAUGCUGGUGUGAGACCCAUGUAUCGUCCUGUACCUCCGCAACCACGUCCAAUGGCAACGUAUCCACCACCACCACGCCCUCCAGGCAUUCAAUCAUCAGCACCUAGUAGACACACACGUACUUCGUCUUUGGAAUCAAGAUCGGAUGCGAAUAGUAUGAUGCAACCACCAGGCUCUGUUAUUCGACCCACUUAUCCCAUGAAUGGUUCUCAUUCGGAUUAUGAUAUGCAAAGUCGUGGAGAUGAUUGGGAGACAUCUUCAGUGAAUGCUGGUUGGCGGCCAACACCUGGUAGAGCUCCUUCUAUUAUGUCUGCAACGAGUCAUCCCAACAACAACAAUCAAACUCGUAUGUCUGGUAGCCAUUUUGGUAUGGCUGAUUUGAUGAUGCAACGCCCUAUUGUACGACAAUCUUCCUUGACUCAGGGUCGUAGUCGAUAUGGCAACAAUUACAUGGCGACUAGUUUCAAGGCUGUUGAACCUGCACCCCAACCUCGUCUCAUGUUGGAUGAUCCUAUGGAGCAGGCGAUGCUUGUUGAUAUGGCAGGUCGUCAACUUUUGCCACUACAGCCACGUGAUGUUCCAUUCAGUGUUCUCGACCAUACCAACGAGCAUUUAGACUUGGAUCAAUAUGAUAAUCUUGGUGAGAUUCUCCGACAUCGUGCCAUCAAGAGUGGGAAUGCGAGAAACUUGGCAUUUACGGUGGUGGAUCCUCGUGGCAAGGAAGCAUCCACGAUCUCUUGGGAAAAGUUGAAUGCUCGAGCAGAGAAGAUAUCGCAUAUGAUCAAGGAGAAAUCAGGCUUACGACGAGGAGAAAGAGUGGCAUUGAUCUAUCGCAAAUCUGAACAGAUUGAAUUUAUCGUGGCCUUAUUGGGAUGCUUUCUUUCGGGUAUGGUGGCAGUGCCAAUCAAUGCAGCUGAAGAGUUAGCCGAGCUAUCAUUCAUCCUCAACCUCACCAAUUCCAACUUGAUCCUUACUACGGAGUUCAAUCUCAAGGCCUUCACACGUGACAUGCAGGCAAAAUCAAUCGAUUUCCCUUCCAACAUUGAAUGGUGGAAAACCAAUGAUUUUGGUUCGUGGUAUCCCAAAAAGUCGGCAGCUUAUCCUACCAUCAGCGUACCUGAAAUUGCCUAUAUCGAAUAUGCAAAGGCUUCCAAUGGCGAGCUCAAGGGUGUCACCAUCAAUCACAAAACAAUCAUGUCGGCUUGCUCUGAGCUUUUGGCAUCGGUUACGGAGACCAGCACAACCAUCAACGAGGAAACGGGUGAUGCAACGGUGAAACCAAUAUACAAUGCCCGCUCAGCAGAUACCAUUGUCACGUACUUGGAACAUCGUCAACAAAUUGGCUUGAUUAUCACUGUGCUUUGGUCCAUUUUCUCUGGCAGCCAUACCGUCUUUGCUAGCUCAAGCAUCAUGGAUACGCCUGCUGUUUGGAUCUAUGUAUUGUCAAAAUAUGAAGCUACCAUCGCAUUGGCGGAAUAUGAGUCGCUCAGCUAUGCCACGCAUUAUUAUCAAAAGCAUACAAAGGAAGUCAUGAACCAGAGCAAAAAAGUGACACCCGAUCUUUCAUUCCUCCGUUUCCUCUUUGUCGACACUCCAGUGAUCAACCCAAGCAUGAACGACUUGAUUGCCAAUUCUUUAUUGAAGCCACUCAAGAGUAAGGCGCCUUUGGAGACAUUAUGCCCGAUCGUAUCACUUCCCGAAUAUGGUGGCAUGAUUUUGGCAUUCAGAGAUUUUAUGGGUCCGGCACAACUUGAUGAGGAGGGUAACAAUCAACCAGGAGCUGAUCCUUCGGCAGCAACAGGAGGGGGUCGAUCCGUACUUGCCCCUGGUGGAUCACGUGAUGUAUGGGAAUGCCUUUUGGAUGCAGAGUCACUCAAGAUGAACAAGGUCGUGGUGCUUGCUACUGGUGAUGAAGUGCGUGAAAUGGCAAGUGAAGCUGAUGGAUCAGGAAAAAUACGUGUAGCCUCCUUUGGUUUUGUGAUGCCAGAAGCCACUGUUGCCAUUGUUGAUCCUGAGACUGGUACUCUUUGCCCACCGGAUACCAUUGGUGAAAUAUGGGUGGAUGCUCCUUCACUUUCGGGUGGUUUUUGGGCAUUGCCUAAACACACUGAAGCCAUUUUCCAUGCUCGUCCAGUGGUGGUGCCAGCUGAAACUCUCAGGCCCGAGAUUUAUGAUCAAGAAUUUUUACGUACUGGAUUGGUUGGAACCACGAUUGGCGGUCGUCUUGUUGUAUUUGGUGGUUAUGAAGAUCGCAUUCGCCAACAACGUUUGGGUGAAAACUUUGGUAUUGAAGAAAUCCACUUUUCAACCGACAUUGUUUCUACCAUCAAGAAGCAAACCUCCGUCGAUCAAUGUGUUGCUUUCGAUGUUUCUGUUAAUGGGCAGCAUAUGCCUAUCAUUGCUUGUGAGACUGGAAUUGCACGUGCUGAACUUGUCAAACUUGCCGGCCAAGUCAUUGACGUUGCGUUGACAACACAUGGGCUACGCGUAUUCGCUGUUUUAUUUACGGCGCCAAGGGCCAUGCCUCGCCAUUUACGACAUGGCAAACAACGUGUGCAUCCAUUGAUGGUUAAGAAAGCAUUCAUGUCGGGCGAAUUGGCAGUGCGAUAUCUCAAGAUGGAUGUUGAUCGAACAGUAUUCAAUCUUGCAUCACAUGAUGAUCCAACAAAUGGCGUAUGGCGUUCAUUCAUGGCAUACGACAAGGCCAUUCGCAUGGGCCAAAUCAUUCCGCGACCUCAACAACAGCACACAGGCAUGGAAUCGGUGCGAGAAGUGAUUGAUGAGCGCACGGAUUAUGAUCUAUCCAAAUUUGCCAACAUCAUUGAAGUACUGCUUUGGCGUACCAAGUUGUACCCUGAAGAGACAGCUUAUGUGGCCGUGUUACAAGCAAAUGCUGGAAGUGCUAUCAGCACCAAACCCUACUCGUGGCGCAAGAUCAAUAACAAGAUUGCUGGUGUGGCCAACUAUCUAUAUAAGAAGGGCGUCAAGUGUGGACACAAGGCACUCGUAUUGAUGCCAUUUGGUAUCGAGUGGAUUCAAACCAUUUAUGCUUGUAUGGUGUUGGGCAUCACACCCGUGCCAUUUUCACCACCCGAUCCGCAACAGCAUCCUCAACGUGUACAUGAAGACAUUGCCUCCAUGAUCGGCACCGUCAAGGAUUUGGAUAUCUCGUACAUUUUCAUUAAUUCGCAAGGUGAUGAUAUCAUGCGACAUAAACUGGUGCAUGGAGCUGUCAAGCAAGUGAUGCAAGGUUAUCGUGAUAAACGCUUUAAGCUUCCCGACUAUACCAACGUCAGCAAAGCGAGCAAGACAAGCAAGAUGCUAGGCAAGGAUAGCGGCUUUUACGUUAAGCCUGAAUGGUUUGCCGCUGGUCAAAAUAUUCCUGCCAUCAUUUCGGUACACAUGUCAGCGGAUGGUCCACGAUAUUAUGCCACGCUUGGCCACGACACUCUCCUUGCUCAAUGCAGGGCCCAGAAGAUGACAUGCCAAAUGAAGAGCCAACGCAGCAUCAUCGCUUCAAGUCUUGGCGCCUAUGAUGGCCUUGGUUUAUUACAUUAUGCAUUCGCUGGAACGUAUCUUGGAUCCCCAACGGUUUUGUUAUCCAUGGACGACUUUUACAAUAACCCCGCCAGCUACAUUGAGCUCUUGCAACGAUACAAAGCCAAGGACGUUUGUGCAACACACCCAUUGCUGCAGUAUGCCAUGAACCGUAUAAAUCCUUCUGAGCUCCGUGGUUUAUCGCUUCAAAACCUACAAAACUUGAUGUUAGUCACUGAGGGACGACCUAAACCUGCUCUAUACCAACAUAUGGUGCGAUUCUUUGGUCCAAACAGACUUGAAAAGGAAGCCGUGAAUACCGUUUACAGCCACAUGUCUAAUCCAAUGAUUACCACCCGAUCGUAUAUGUUGAUUGAGCCAAUCUCAUUACUACUCGACUUUAAUUGGUUACGUCAAGGCAUUAUUCGACCAUUACCAAUGGAUGAUGAAACAUACGGCUUGAUUGUACAUGACUCUGGUAUCGUCCCAAGCAAUACCAUGGUGGCUAUUGUCAACCCGGAGACCGGUGCUCUUUGUCCAAGUCAUACCAUUGGUGAAGUUUGGGUAGCAUCCGAUUGCAAUGUCAAGACGUUAUAUGGCAUGGGUGAUAGUGCACACAAUGAAAUGUUUGAAGCAACAAUUACAGGCGGUGAUCCUCGUGUCAAAUAUCUGCGUACAGGUGAUCUUGGCUUUUUGUGGAACGUUCAGCGACGUGUGGAUCGUACGCAACCUAUGGUGGAAGAAGGUCAAUGUUUGUUUGUGCUUGGAUCCAAACAAGAAACGAUUGAGCGUAAUGGCCUGCUUCAUUUUGCCACUGAUAUGGAGUUCACCGUUGAGCGAUGUCAUCAAGGAAUUAUUCCUGGAGGAUGUAUUAUUUUCCAAGCGAAUCAAGAAGUCGUUGUUGUAGCAGCCGUCAAAUCAGCUAAUCAAGCCUUGUCUUGUGUCCCAUUGAUUGUCAGCAGCGUUUUGGAGAAUCAUUCUAUACUCGUGGAUACCGUUGCCAUCAUCCAUAGCAACCAAUUGCCUCGCACACGCUUUGGAGAUAAGCAACGUCGUAAAGCAAUGACAUCCUUUUUGGAAAAGAAGCUCCCUGUGAUUUAUGUGAGCCGUAUCACCAAUCAACAUGAGCCAUUGGGACUCCCACAAUGGACACAAUCGCAAGUUGGCCUUGAUAAUGAUGCAGCCUCGGUUAUAUCCAUGUCCCAUCAACCUCCUAGGUCUGUGGGUGCUCGAUCGGUUGUUGACAAUAACAAUGGCGAGAUUGGACGAAGCGAUAGUGUCAACAGCCAAUUAGAACGACGAAAUACAUCAAGCACAAAUCGAUCUGGUGGCACACAAAGAAUGUCAUCUGUCCCCGCCUCACCCGCCAUCACUGAACCACCGCAGUCCCUCGACUGA